AACUGGACCUUUUUCAAUAAAUAUAUUUAUUUGAAAUGUUUUCCAUAUUGAGUACACUACGUGAACGUCAUCAUAUAGGAUUAAUUCUGACUGCAUUCAUUGCAGUCAUGGCACCCAAAUUGCAGUGGAUGUAGGCGAAGAGACACAAUCGCUUUCGAUUUGAUUUGAUUCGAUUUGAUUCGAUUCGAAUUGUUAACCUGACCGAAAAUGAACACGAAUUCCAGGCGUAUCUAUUUUGCAUAUAAGAAGGCUCGUCGAAAAUUCUCCCUGAAAGUCUAUAUAUUGCUGGCGAUUUGGCUGAUAAUUGCUCUAAUUCAAUGGCUGGUGGUGUGUUUAAUUCAGGACAUACGAGAUGUCUUUCGGAAACACUAUUAUGUAUGCAUUGUGACUUUUAUACUGUCCAUUUUACUCUUCUCCCUGUUUCUGUUCUAUGAAAGGCUUCGAUAUAACGGAGCCGUGGCUCUGGUUAUAUCAUUUAUUAUUGUAGAGUUGCAGAUAAUUUCUCUAUUCACGCUCGUCUCUCGCACCCAUUAUGCGGAAUUGCUUCUGUAUUUUGUGAUUUGUGUUGUGCUUUUGUCAUUAUUCCUGAUCAUCGGUUCGUGCCUGCCAAGAAAGAUGGAUCUCACGCUUCAUAUAGCUCUACUCUUUAUAUUUGCUUUUCUCUUUCUGCUUGUCGCUGUCUUCUUCCUAAUGCUUCAGCUUCUGGUCUCUGAGGUCUGGCGAGAUAUCAAUAACUACAGCUAUAUAUUGAUCCAGAUACCCAUUUCUAUUACAAUGCUACUCUUUGUCAUGUACCAUGCCCAAACAAUUAGUGGAGGAAGAUUUGCGGAGAUGCGUCUACAUGAUUAUUGUCUUGGAUCGUUGAUCCUAUUCCACGAUUUUCUAAUCAUUUACUGGCUAACUUUCUAUUGGCAACUUGUAUCGGGAGUCCUUACACCCAAGGACUGGACACCGCUAACGACCUUAUGGGACCGCAACGAUAGAAAACAGCUUCCAGUUGAUUACUCUGAUGAUAGCGAUGAUAUUUUAUCGAACACUGUAUAUAGAGAUAAAGAACCAAAAAUUACCCCAGUAACAUUAGAUGAAUCGAGGUUUGGUAUAACUCAAGACUUUAAUGAUGACAAGGGAACAGAAUCUCUAAAUGAUCCAAAUUGGAAAGUCAAUUGGUUAGCUCAAGAAAGGCGCUACAAACAUGGCAAGAGACCGAAAAAAGCAAUAACUACCAAAGAGCAUCAACAACGACUAAGACCCUGAAACUGUUUUAAAGUGACAUUUAGGAAAUAAAAUAAAAAUUAUAAUAGUAAUGCCAG